CCCGAUAUAACCCAUAAGCUGUACAAUAUGUUAGGAGUUAUUCAGUUUGUCUGCAAAGGAGCUGAGAGGUGAACUAAUCAUAUUUCAUCGUUGCAAUGGCUUUCUUGAAAAACACAACGCUGUUAGCCUUGACUGUUGGGUGUCUGGCCUUGGUCAACCACGGAUUGGCCUUUUCGAUCACCGGAAAAGCCGACGACGAUGCUUGCAAGGAUUGCACAGAUGGAGUGACCCAAUUGAACAAAUUUCUCAUGAGCGAAGCUGCCAUUGCAGGAGAAUCCCAAUUGAUCAAGGAGGUUAUUUGUCCCGACCUUGAUGACCCCAAAGGCUGCGAGAAGGGAGUGGACGCAUGGUGGGGAAAGAUGGCCACGGCCGUUUUCGGUGAUGACAACACGGCGACAGAAAUUUGCUCCGCUUCUGAAAUCGGAGCUUGCAAGGCCCGUUUACCUGUUUACCAAGGAAAAUGGGGCUGCGAUGAAUGCAAACGUUUGGUGGGUUUGGUUGGCGAAGUGAUCGCUAGCGAUGAUGGAACCAAGACCACAGUGGAUUUCUUGAAAGGCGAUGCCUUCUGCAAAUCCUCAGCCUCUCCCAAUGCCACAGUUUGCGCUCAAUACGUCGAUGCUCUGAUGCCAGCUGCCCUGCCUGUUUUUGGAGAGAGCAUCGGCUUGGCUAGUGAGGCCAUGUGCCAAACUGUCUACGCUCAAUGUCAAUAAUAAGCAUUAAAGUAAUAAUAGCAAUCGCAAUACGUAA